AUGCGAAAAAAACCUCUGAACUGCUUUUUCUUUAAGACAUUCAAAAUCUAUGGAGAGCAGGUUGCGUCAAAAAAACCGUUAAUUGCAAAUGAGAGGUUGAAAGUCGACUCAACAAAAUUAAAAGUAUUUAUACUGCCAAUGACUCAUGCUGAUCCAGGAUGGCUGAAAACAUUUGAAAAGUACGCCGAGGACACCAAUCAAAUCUUGAAUAAUCUCCAUAGUUUUAUGACAACACAUCCAAAAAUGCGUUUUAUGUGGUGCGAAAUUUCUUUUAUGGAAAAAUGGUGGAGAAAUGUGAAUGAAACCGUUAAAAACGAUAUCAAGAAAAUGAUUUCAACUGGUCAGCUGGAAAUUGCCAGUGGAUCUUGGGUGAUGACUGAUGAAGCUAAUCCGUAUUUUGCUGUUUCUGUUGAUAAUAUCAUUGAAGGGCAGCAGUUUGUGCUGAACGAACUUAAUACAAAACCUGAAGUAAUUUGGUCAAAUGAUCCAUUUGGUUAUGGUGUAACAGAACCCUACUUGUUCAGUAAAACGGGAAUCAAGCGUGCUGUCAUCAAUCGAGUUCAUUUUGAUGUAAAACAACAACUUUUAGAAAAAAAAGCGAUUCCUUUCUUGUGGAGACAGUAUUUUGAUUCGGAAGGCCACAGUGAUAUUUUAACCCAUGUGCUUCCGUACAGUCACUAUGAUGUUAUAAACAGUUGCGGACCAAACCCAACAAUUUGUUGCCAAUUCGACUUUAAAAGAAUAACACAUUACAGCUGCGGAAUAAAAACUGUGCCAAUCACAAAGGACAAUGUCGUUGCAAAAGCUCUGGUACUUGAAGAACAGUUCCAGAAGAUGGCAAGUUUGUUCCAAUCGAACACAGUAUUCACAGUCUGGGGCGAUGAUUUCCGCUACGAUAUGAUAGAGGAAUGGCAUCAGCAGUACGAUAAUUUAGUGCUCCUUUUUGACCAAAUUAACUCACAAAAUCGCACUGAGAUCAGGUUUGGAACUUUCGCUGACUAUUUCAAGGCUUUGGAAGAAUUUCACAAAACAAACAAACCUGCAACACUUACUGGCGAUUUCUUCCCUUAUGAGUGUUCAGUGAGGGACCUUUGGACUGGAUAUUACACGACAAGACCAUUCUUUAAGAAACUUGAACGACGGUUACAUGCAGCGAUUUAUGCAGCAGAUGUAGCAACGACAAAUGCUGUAAGUUUGAUGACAAGUGACGAGAAGUUUAAAGUUCAUGAAAGUUUGACAUAUGCUAGACGUAACUUGGCUCUAUUUCAACAUCAUGAUGCUAUUACCGGUACUAGCAGAAAACAGGUUAUGAAGGAUUAUGCACAACGUUUGCAUAAUUCGAUAAAGUUAGCCGGUGCAACACUAGCUGCAGCUCUUAGCAAAACUGGGAGUUCUAAGUUCAGUGUGGAUAAUAUGGCACAAACUUAUGAUCAGUUACCUGUCCAGACUCUUCUUCAAUUAAAGCCUGGUGAAAAAGUGUAUGCACGGGCUAGAAAAUGCCUGGUUGCGUUGCGAGUGACGACUGCUGAUGUAUUAGUCAAAGAUGGCGAAAAAAAUGUACCUGCUCAGAUAGAACCAUAUUAUGACGACAAUUUUGCUAAAUAUACAAACGAUUUUCAGCUUCUGUUUACUGCCAACGUAGGGCCGAUGACGGAAAAAUUGUAUACAGUUGAGUACAAGAAAUCUCCCAUUUCAACAGUUUCCGCCGAAAUCUUUGUUGUCAAUUCGCCAAAUGGGUUGCCACAACCAACGAAGGAUCUGUCUCUGAAAUCUUUUGUAGUCAAAACUGUUGGUCCGGAAGCGUUAGCAAUAUCAACAAAUCGACUGAAGACUACGCAUAAUCCGGAAACCGGUUUACUCAACCCUUUGAAUUUGAUGCGGUUAACUCGUUAUGCAAUCAAGGGACCUAUACGGCAAACUGUUGCCGUUGAAUCUGAAAUAGUACAACAACGAAUUUCAGCUUUAAACAUUGAUGAUGCUGAUGGGGACUUAUUGCAUAUAGAUAUGAGGAUUGAUAUUCGAAGUUUAAGACAAGUAAAUUUGGUAACCCGAUUCCAUACAAGUUUAAACCCUGCAUUUAUGCAGGUUUUUACCGACAGUAAUGGAUUACAGUUGUUAAGACGUCAGUUUUAUUCUUCACUGUCAUUACCAGCUAACUAUUAUCCGAUGCCAACUGCAGUCGUUCUUCAAGACUUAAAUCGACGUAUAACAAUAGUAAGUGAUGUUGAACACGGAGCGACAGGUUCUGGUGAUAGUGGCAUUGAAAUAAUGCUUGUGUUCAAACUACUAUAUCUUAGCAGAACAACUGAAAAACCAAUUUGUUCACUAUGGAUUUUGCAGUCUUGUGAUGCAUUAUCGGUCUUAAUUGUUACAGAUCGCAUUUUACUUCACGAUGACGGUAAAGGUCUUGGUAGCAUAGAAGAUGGUAUACCAAACGAUAUGUUACCUGUAAAAAUCGGUUUUACAGUUAUAGCAGAGAACAUGUCCACUAAUUCAAGUUUAAAUAUGAAGUUUUGCAUACCACUCAGUCACCGCUCAUCACGCGCUUCAAAGUCGUCUAUAUCCACCAGUUACAUUAAUAUCAAACGGUUAGAUUCUGUCUACCUACACUAUCUUGCAAGUCUUUUGAAAGUUGUCAAAGUUAUUGCUUUCUUUGUUGUAGGUUUUGCCAAGGAAAUCGCCAGUGAGAACGUUUUGGAUUUACCUUGCGACGUUCAAAUAAUUAGUAUCCGCUCUAUCUCCACUGAUGUACGUAUGAAACUUCUUGUGUUGCAUCGUUUGGGUACCGACUGUGGUCUGACAACCAAAUUUUCUUGCUCAAUGGAAUCUUUGACUAUCGCUGUACAAAGUUAUCUACAAAAAGUCAAAGUCACUAAAGUUCAGUGGACAAAUUUGAGCGGAACGCUAAAGAAAAAUGAGAAAAUAGACUUAAAUCAGUUGUCCAUUGAACUAAAACCUAUGGAGUUUGCUUCAUUGUUUAUUUAUUUUGAUUAA